GUCCGUUCCACCUUUGUUUCCCGCAUGUAGAUUAUGUUAAGGGGUUAGGUAAAGUUAAAAUUAGUGACAGCAGAGAUAACUGUCUGUGGUUGGGGUAAGGUGGGAGUCAGGUUAAGCACCGCAAAGACGAGUUGUUGGUGUUAGAGAUAAGGUUAGGCUCAGGUUAAGGUGAUGGGAUACACGUAUCGACUUUGAAACCGACUUCAACGCAGCACCGGCUAGGACGUCACUCAUCGAUGACAGUGCGCUCUCUGCAGUCCAAACAUCAUGCUUCCCCAGGCGGGUAAAGAGUUCCUGGUUCGGAUACAGUUCUUCUGGCGGCCGUUUUUCCAGGGCCGGAACCUGCUGCUCACCAACACCCUGAGUGGAGGAGGCAUGCUGGCACUGGGAGAUUUCCUGCAGCAGAGCCGGGAGACCCGCAGAGAGCCAGGCAGAGUCCGAGACUGGAGGAGAACAGGUCGCAUGUUUGCCGUGGGCUGUUCCAUGGGUCCAUUGCUGCACUACUGGUACUCCUGGCUGGACAGAAUCUAUGUGGGCAGAGCUAUGCACACGGUCGGUAAGAAGGUUCUGGUGGACCAGAUGAUCGCCUCGCCAACAAUCGGCUUGUGGUAUUUUUUAGGUAUGGGUGUCAUGGAGGGACACACAGUAGCCGAAGGAUUGGAGGAGUUCAAGGACAAGUUCUGGGAAUUUUAUAAGGCGGACUGGUGUGUUUGGCCUGCCGCUCAGAUGAUCAACUUCUACUUCCUCUCGCCCAAAUACCGCGUCCUCUACAUCAACUUUAUCACUUUAGGGUGGGACACGUACCUCUCCUACCUCAAACACAGAGACGACAGCCAGCAUGCUGACCUGGUGUCAGACAGCAGUGCUGUGGAUGUACAGCAGGAAGCGUCCAAACCUCUGGAGGAGAAAACCUAGAGUUCAUGCUCAGCUGUAAGGUUAUUCACUGGAAGCAAAAGAACAUUUUGAUGUUUUUAUCUGUUAAAUUCUUUUCCUCCUUUGCAAAAUGCUGUGAGACCAUUGUGUUUAUUACAGUUGGUGUUAUUCUGAUGGUCUUUUCCCUCCUGCAAAACCACUCCUCUCUCAUGUUUAAAUCGACCAUGUGUUUGUCUGGACUCAGAGGAGAUGCUGAUACUGAGUUGAAUCUGAUGCAACGCUGGACUCUCUGUGUCCAGUUUGUCCGUUUAUGUCUGAAUGAUGUGGACUCUUGUCGGAGCAUUCAGGGAAGAAAAGCUGUUUCACUGCCCUAAACCACUGCACAGUUGUUGAGAGUGGUCGCAGCAGGAGGAUUAAAACGCCCACAGACAAUUCAUUUCCAGAACUUCUAAACAAAGUAUCAUCUUUGUUGUGUUGUUGUACCCAAAGCUUUAAACAGCCCAAAAUUUAACAGAAUGUCAUUCCUUUUCUGUCUGUCAUUUUUAUUUUUUGGUUUGACAUGGAAGAGUCAUUAUUGAUGUUAAACAGCUACUGUGUUUUUGAUGCCAACCGAUUUUACCUGUGUAAACUUUGCCUUAAUAUAUAGUCUAGUACUAUAUGCCAAAUAAUCUCUACCUGGUCUUCAGUUUAUCUCUGUGAGGUUCCUAUAAGCUGCUGCAUGAUUGUGAAUCUAUAAAGUGAUUAUGGUUACAUAUAAGAACUUCUAUGAUUUAUAUGUCACAGAAUCCUCAACCGCACGAGGUGUAAACUUGAUUCCUGAUAGAUUGAAGAUGUAAAAUUCAUUUAUUUUUAAACUUUGCAGUAGUUUUACACUAGUGACUGUAAAUGUAAUACGACAUUCUGUACUCCAUAUCUCCAGCAGCUAAUUUAUAAAUUAAGUACUUUUAGUUUUGGCAGGUCAGAUGAUAAAUAAGUUUAUGUGAUGAUAGAAAUUGUGUCAACAGGGAAUUUGCAUACAAAUGUGUGUAAAGAACUGAAAAAGAGACAUAGAGAUUUGUAAAGAAUUUUAUGCUACUGAAUUGUAUUUGGGUUUUAUUGGGUUUUUUUAUUGUUGAAUUUCAGUAUGUUUAUUUGAAAAAAGACAUGGCAACAAGAAAAUUAAAUUAUACAAAAUUUAGCAAAUGAUAUAAAAUAAAUAACAUUUAACAGCAAUUCUGUUUUCAAAGUAUGUAAUGACUUUCUUGUGGUACUUUGUAUCUGAAUUAUACAUUUUAUAGAAGCCUUCAAAGUUUGGACAAAAUAUAUGAAUGAAAAUUACAUUUCAAGUUAUUGCAGCUUUUGCUCUUUGAUGUUCUCAUCAACAACAGGAACAAUUUUAGACUCUAGAUGUUCAGAAUUUUUGUGUGAUCAUUGCAUAGCUCUGUCAAUUCAGUGUGGCAAGGAGAAAUUAUUUUGUAUUUUUCCAUAUGAUUAUACAAAUUCUAACAAUACUCAAAAUAUAAUCUUAAUUUGCUUUCACACCUUUCAACAGCAUGUUGAAAUCCAAUCUUAUUGUCAUUGUACUUGUGUACAAUCAAAUAUACUGUGAUCUUGUCAUUCCAAGAUAAUGUAACUAAUAUAUUUAAACGUGUAACAUAAAAACAGUAAAAGUUAUGUGUAAAAUUC